GUCACAACCUCUGUGCUGGCAGAUAUAGGGUCACAGAGUAUUUGCUGUGGCUCCACAACAGUUACUGCUCAUCAUUCAUUCUGCAGCUCAUCAAAGACUGAGAGUAUUAGCAACGGGAGAACAGCUGAGUGGCUGCCGUUAAGGGAUCAGCCAUGCUUGGAGGCGUCUAUACAAAUUUGUUGGUCACAGUGACUUUACUCUUCUUCUCUCAGACAGGGACUCAGUGCAGAGCCGAAAAUGACUUCUCAUUAGUUCCUUUACCAGAGUGGAGGACAAAUUCGGAAUAUGUUACACAAUGUUUUUAUGACAGACAGAAGAAUCUGAUUUGUGACUGGACAAGGAGCCAACAAAGAACAGCGGAUGUUGCCGUGAAUAUUUUAGAGAGUGGUCCACUGGGGCCCGAGGGCGAAGCCUGUCUAGAGUUUUGGUACCAGGCCCUAGUUGCAACUAAUGGGUCUGAAGUUCGAGCUCUCCUGAGGACCGGUACUGAUCUGGUAGAAAUCUGGACCUCUCCCGCCCUCCCCAGAAGUUCACAGAGACAAGUGUUUGUCCCCCUGACACUCAACAAACCAGUGACUCAGGUUGUACUUGAAGCUGUGUCCAUAGAGGGACAGAUCACAUUUAACAGAAUAGGUAUAAGAAGAGGCUCAUGUGGACCCCAGUGUGAAUCUAACACAGAGUUAUGGCCAGAUGAGUCCACCCGCUGCCUCUGUUCUGCUGGCCAGCUCUCCUGCGCUCCCUCUCCGUGCCCUAAGGGCCAAAUCUGCGGCCCUCAAAGAGGAAGCUCCAGUGGGAUUUCCACCUCUGGGACAUGUACUAUACACAGUUACACAGACUGCAGCACUUUUGAUGGGGUGCUGUUCCGCUUCAUGGCACCCUGCACCUACAUGCUGGCUAAGACCUGCUCACCCACUGAGGCCCUGCCUAUGUUCAGUGUGGAAGUGGUCAAUGAGCAGAACGGGAACUUAUCUCUGUCAACUGUCCAGCAGGUCAACGUGGACACAGGGAACUUCAGAGUGUCCCUGGUGAAAAGGCAGACACACCGGGUUGUGGUUAAUGGGAUCUGGAGGAAGCUUCCGCUGAGCCUCAGCAGUGGCACGGUCAACAUCACGAGCAACCCCGCUGCUGUUGUACUGGGAACCAGUUUUGGUCUCUCUGUUUCAUAUGACAGUGCUGGUGCUGUACACGUCACCCUGCCAUCCACAUACUCAGAUGAGGUCUGUGGUUUGUGCGGCAACUUUAACCACCUCAGAGGAGAUGACUUCCGUAAGCCAGAUGGAACAAUUGCCCGAGAUGCAACAGAUUUGGCUGAGAGCUGGCAGACUGGGCAAACCACCCCCUCCUGUGAAACUAUUCUAGUCCCUCAUCAGUGUGACCCACUGGAGGAGGCGGAGUAUGCCAGUGAGCUGUACUGUGGAGGCCUCCUCUCUAGUACUGGGCUCUUUGCUGGCUGCCAAUCAGUGUUGGGGGCAGAGGGUUACUUCAGGGGUUGUGUGUUUGGCAUGUGCUCUACUCAUGGUGACCCAGCGGUGCUGUGCGAAACAUUACAGGCCUACACUGAUAUCUGUGAGGAGGCUGGAGUCGCCAUACCCAUAUGGAGGAACUCCACGUUCUGUCCCCUUCAGUGUCCUGAGAACAGCCACUAUAACUCAUGUGCUGAUGGCUGUCCUGAGGUGUGCUCCAGUCUGGAUUUAGCUGGCUCUUGUGGAAGCUGUGAGGAAAGAUGUGAGUGUGACUCUGGCUUCAAACUCAGUGGGGGAAAGUGUGUCCCAGCAGAGGACUGCGGGUGCUGGUAUAAUGGGAAACACUAUGAGAAAGGAGCAACAUUCAAAGAAGGAGAAUGUGAGCAGCAGUGCCAGUGUAUGGGUAAUAAUAAUCUGUGGUGCACCGCAACACAAUGUGCAGACAAUGAGGUUUGUAAGGUAAAGGAUGGGGUCAAAGACUGCUUCCCUUUCAAACCUGCCACCUGCAAGGUGUACGGUGAUCCACACUACAUCACCUUCGACAAUGUGGAUUAUGACUUUCAAGGAGGCUGCAAUUACAUGCUGACUACAACAUGCGGGGAAGAAAGCCCAGUCCAGUUCACUGUGAUCGGACAUAACAUGCAUCCUCCCCUUCAGAACUUCACCCGCUCCAAGCUGGAAGCUGUAACUCUGCAGAUUGAAGAUUUUUACAUCACCCUGAAUCAAAGUGGAGAGGUCUAUGUGAAUAACAACCCUGUCCGACUCCCAUAUUCCACCAAUGGAACAUACGGCUCAGUAUGGGUGAACGUGAAGAUUAAUUAUAUUAUCUUGGAGACGACCUUUGGCCUCAGAAUGUUGAUAGAUGGGCAGAAUAGGCUCUUUCUGCAGGUGGAUGAGCGCUACAAGUAUGAACUGUGCGGCUUGUGUGGCACCUACUCUGGAUACCAGGACGAUGAUUUUGUAACCCCAGGAGGUCAAAACGUUACAGAGUCAUUUGAGUUUGGUGACAGCUGGAGGGUGCCGGACAAUAAACAGUGUACUGCUUAUCCAAAUAAGCCAAGGCUCUGCAACUAUGACGAAGAGAACGAGGCCUACAAUGAGUGUAACAUACUACUGAGGGACGCCUUCAGGCCCUGCCACGAAACCAUUCACCCAAACAUCUACCUUAAUAGUUGUGUGUAUGACUAUUGUGCCACGAAUGGUGACCAGCACACCCUAUGUGAAUCUCUGAAGUCCUACUCAGCAGCAUGCGAGGUUGCAGGAGUGGAGCUGCCCCCCUGGCAGACAGGCACAGCCUGUGCUGACCCCCCAACCACUUCAACUCUUCCAACAACUCCACCUCCUUCUUCUCCAACACCAGAUCAGACUUUCUGUCCCAUGAACUGUGACUUUGAAAAAAAUCUGUGUGGGUGGGAGCAGCUCAUACAGGACAGUUUUGAUUGGACAAGACACUCCGGACCCACCCCCUCAGACCUAACUGGGCCAAACCAGGACCACACUACUGGAGCUGGUUUCUACCUAUACAUUGAGGGAAACAGUGUAACCCAUGGAGACUCAGCCCGUCUGUUGAGCUCGGUGUGCCAUUAUAAUGGCCCACUUUGUCUGCACUUCUGGUACCAUAUGUAUGGUUCAGCCACAGCAAUGGCCCUAAAUAUCUACCUGCUUAAAGAAAAUAAAGCCACCAAGCUCUGGUCCAUGUUGAACAACCAGGGGCCAGAAUGGCAUCCAGGAAAUGUUGACAUCAGAGUGUCUGGUCCUUUCCAAAUCAUAGUAGAGGGAAUUCGAGGCUCUAACGCUCAGUCAGAUGUCGGCAUAGAUGACAUUUCCAUCCGCUUUGGCUCAUGCUCAGGUAGCUUCCCUGGUCUGGUUAGUGGAACUGAGCUUCCUUCCACAACUGCAGAAGUCUCCCCCUCACACCCAGUCUGCAGUCUCGACUGUAGUUUCAACAGCAACCUUUGUAGCUGGAAUCAGAUGGUGACAGAUGCUUUUGACUGGACAUGGCACAGUGGUUCCACUCCCACUCUGAUGACUGGGCCCUCUGCUGACCACACUGGUGAUGGUCACUACCUGUACAUCGAGGCCAGCAGUGUUACACAUGGAGACACAGCUCGUCUCAUCAGCUCUAAGUGCUCUGACUCUGGUCCUCAGUGUCUGCAGUUCUGGUACCAUAUGUACGGCUCAGCAGAUACAAUGGGCCUCCAUGUUUACCUGUUCCAGAACAGAGUGACUGAUGCUGUCUGGUGGAAGAGGAAUGACCAAGGAAAUAUGUGGCAUCUGGCUCAGGUGGACAUCACAACAACCGGAGCUUUUCAGAUCAUCAUUGAAGGGCGCAGAGGAUCUAAUGAUCAGUCAGAUGUGGCCAUAGACGAUGUAAAGCUUUAUCGUGGUCCCUGCUCAGAUCGGACAGGUGGUGCGACAACAAGCCCUCCUAAACCAGAUGGAAACAACACGGCUCUACCAAGUGUCCCUGUGCCAACCACUGUGGAUCCAGAGCCCCCUCUGGUCAAUGUUACAGCUCAGCCCCCAACAACAAAUAUCACCAUACCUCCAACAGUGGAAGCAAAAACUGACUUUAUUAAUAUGGACAAUGUCACUGAAGCUCCACAUAGCAGACCACCACCACAACAACGAGUAUGCCAACUCCGCUGUGAUUUUGAACAAGAUUUAUGUCAGUGGAGUCAACUGCUUGCUGAUGUUUUUGAUUGGACAAGGCAUAGUGGCUCCACUCCCACUAUGAUGACUGGUCCUUCCUCAGAUCAGACCACAGGAGAUGGCCACUAUCUUUACAUUGAAGCAAACAGUGCAUCACUUGGAGACACAGCUCGUCUCAUCAGCUCUGAGUGCUCUGACUCUGGUCCUCAGUGCCUGCAAUUCUGGUACCAUAUGUACGGCUCGGCAGACACAAUGGGACUCCAUGUUUACCUGUUCCAGGACAGAAAGGCUAAUGCUGUUUGGAGGAAAAGGAAUGACCAAGGAAAUAUGUGGCACCUGGCUCAGGUGGACUUGACCACAACUGGAGCUUUCCAGAUAAUUUUUGAGGGGCGGAGAGGUUCCAAUGAUCAGUCUGAUGUGGCCAUAGAUGAUAUAUCACUUCACCACGGACACUGUGGAGACCUGGCUAAACCCACAACACCUGCUCCCAAAACCUUGGACCCAGUAGCAACAGAGGGUCCUGAGCUUCCUCCAGCAAACAGCUCAUCUGCUGCACAACCAACAACAACUUCGUCAAAACCACAGUCGACCACUACAUUUACAACAAUGACCGCCACAACAACAGCAGCCCCAACUAACUGUGAUACACAAACCCCGACAAAACCAUCAGCAACAACUAAGCCCCCAUACACUUCACAUCCUAAUGGCCCACUGACCACAACACCUGAUGCUCCAACAACAAGACCACAGCGACCAGUAACAUCAAGACCAAUAACUACAGCUACAACUGAACCCCAAACCACAGCUAGACCCCACCCACCCACAGGGCACCCAGGACUUGAAACUUCAGAGCAACCAGAACCUGAAACAACAGCAUAUAGUGAAGAACCUCAAACCACAGUAGGACCCAAUCCAACAGCUAGACCACAACCUCCAACCACAGCUGGACCACAACCUCCAACCACAGCUAGACCACAACCUCCAACCACAGCUGGACCACAACCUCCAACCACAGCUAGACCACAACCUCCAACCACAGCUAGACCACAACCUCCAACCACAGCUGGACCACAACCUCCAACCACAGCUCAAACUGAGUCACAAACAACAAAGAGACCACAACCUCCAACCACAGCUCAAACUGAGUCACAAACAACAAAGAGACCACAACCUCCAACCACAGCUGAACCGCAACCUCCAACUGAAACUCAGCCACAAACAACUACACCACAACAACAAACCACAGCUCAAACUGAGUCACAAACAAGACCACACCCUCCAACAACAACUGCUCCACAAACAACUGCUAGACCACAUCCUCCAACAACAGUUGGACCACAACCUACAACCACAGUUAAACCCCAACCCACAACAGCUACACCACAGUCCACAAAAACAGCUAGACCACAACCCACAACAACAAAUAAACCAUAUCCACCAACAGACAGACCUCAGUCUACAACUACAGCUACACCACAAUCUACAACAGCUAGACCACAACCACCAACAACACCUGUGCCAACACCCUCUUGCCCAGGGAAUAGUCAUUACACCACUUGUAUCCCUGCCUGCAGCCCAACCUGUACACACCUGAAUGGUCCACCCCAGUGUAGUGACAGUCAGAGUUGUGUGCCCGGAUGUGUAUGUGACAACGGCUUUGUGCAGAAACGGCAGCGCUGUGUGCCUAUCCAAGAGUGUGGAUGCGUGGACAAGAAUGGGACCAAACAUCAGUUUAAUGAAGUGUGGUACACCAAUCACUGCAGUCAGAAAUGUGAAUGUGAGGAAGACAAUGGCGUGGGGAAGAUCAACUGCGAUGACAGAGAUGAAUGUGAUGGAAAUGCUGUCUGCCUUCAAAACGACAAGGGCGAAUAUUACUGCAAGUCUACAGGCUUCAGUGAGUGCACUAUAAAGGAAGACCCUCAGUACAAAACUUUUGAUAAAAUGAAGCAUGACUUUGAGGGGGAGCACUCAUAUGUGCUAGUCCGGACCAACAAUUUGCCAAGUAACCUUCCAGAUGUCUACAUUGAGGCCAGCAACACACGCACAGUAGAGGAUGAAGAUGACAGUCAGCAGCAUGGCGACAGUAGCAGUGAAGAAAACAACAGUCGCAGCAUCAAGGAUGAAGAUGACAGCGAUGAAGAUGAUGAUGAUGAUAGUGAAGAGCAUGAGGAACACCACAGACUACAAAAGCUUAAGAUCAGAGUGUACAAUCACACUGUGGAGUUCAAGAAGAAUAGAAGGCUGGUUGUGGAUGGAAGGAGAACUAAUACUCCUGUUUCACCAGCCCCAGGUCUAAACAUCCGGGAGCAUUCCUCUCGCCUCUACCUGAAGACUGACUUUGGCCUCUCAGUGGAAUUUGAUGGACACAGCACAGCAGAGAUCAUUCUACCACACAUAUAUAAAAGGAAAGUCGGGGGUCUGUGUGGAAACUUUGACAGUCAGAAGCGGAAUGACUGGAUGAAGCCAGACGGCACAAGGGCCCGGAGCGUUCAAGAGUUUGGAGAGAGCUGGAGAGUUUAAAUAUCAGAUGGAUGUAAGGAUGAGACACAGCACUUAAAGAUAACCUGUGGAGGUUUAGUAGAAAUAUUACUCUCUGUUUACAAGAAAACUCCACAUUCAUAAUAUCUGUCACCUUGGAAAAUGAGAACAGACAGAAUUAAUGCUGAUUUUAUUUUUAACUUAGACAACAAACCUGAGCUUCCAUACAUGACUCGGCACAGUAAAAAAAACAGUAAAAAAAGAAAAUCACAGUAAAAAAAAAAAGUCAUGCCUACAUUUGAAAGCUUUCAAGUCUACUUUUAAAAGCCAAAAUCUUCAUUACUUUUCUCAUGAAAACUUUGCAGCCUGUGACAAUAUAUCAGACUUGUCACAUGCACACUAUUUAUUCAAAAGUGAUCUGUGCAGAUGCUGUAUCUUCCACAGUAAUGGCCACACUGAACAAAACAUACAAUGCAGUGUGUUUAAAUAAUGAGAAUGCGCGACUACACUUGCAUUAUUUAGCACUACCUGAAACAGUUGGAAAGAGAUCAAAUGUGCAAUAAAUGCUUAUUCAGAAUGUUGCUUCACUUGGUCAUAAUGUGUAUUUGAAUGGCAGCACCCAGGUAGGUUUUCUAUUGAAUCUUCACUGCUCUAAUAAAGAUGCACUGUGGUUAAA